UAGCAGUCAUUAACAGUCAAAAAAUAAUUUUUGUCCAUCUCGAGUUCCUUUCGCAUUAAUUUAUAACUGUGUGGGAACAAGGACGAAGUUCUACUGUUCUACCUGGUGAACGGUGAACUCGAGUGUAGACUCUACAGCAUCUCCCACUCUCAACAAUGCCUUCUUCCACUUUUGCCGGACGAAAUAUCAAGUACGUUGUUUUGGAUAUAACAGGGGUUCUAAAAGAAAGUGGUCCAGGAGGUGGGCAUGCUAUAUCGGGCUCAAUAGAUGCCAUCAAACGGUUGUACAAGAAUGGGUUUCAAGUCCGCUUUUGCACAAACGAAACAGUUAUGACUCGUCAUACGUUGGUACAGCAACUGAAGAACAUGGGAUUCGUCAUAGAUGAAAUCAAAGUUUUCCCACCUAUUCCAGCCGUUUGUAAAGUGCUUAGUGACAGGAAACUGAGACCUCAUUUGCUUGUUCACCCGGAUUCUCUUCAAGACUUUGAAGGAGUGGACUGCUCAAAUCCCAACUGUGUUGUCUUGGGCGAUGCCACUGAGCAGUUUUCCUAUGAAAAUCUCAACAAAGCCUUCCAGUGUUUGAUGCAACUAGAAAAGCCAAUUUUGUUCUCAUUGGGAAAAGGCAAGUACUACCAGGAAAAAGGAAACCUUGUUUUAGAUGUCGGAUCGUAUACGGCUGCUUUGGAGUAUGCCACUGGUGUUACGGCUGAGAUUGUUGGGAAGCCUUCCCCAACCUUUUUUGGUGCUGUGUUGCAAGAUAUGGGGGCUACAGCUUCAGAAACUGUAAUGGUUGGGGAUGACAUUGUCAGUGAUGUGGGGGGUGCUCAAGCAUGUGGAAUGGCGGGAGUUUUGGUCCGUACAGGCAAGUUUCGACCAAGAGAUGAAAAUCAUCCAAAUGUAAAACCUGAUGCGAUCGUGGAUAAUCUUGCCCAGUUUGUAGACAAUUUAUUAGCAAACAUGGCCUAAAUUUAAUUAAUUUUAACUCUUUCCUUCCAGCUGUUAUUGUGACCUCUUUUUCUCUAAUUGUGUGCAGUCAGCCAUCCAUUUUGGUCAAUAUUUAUCAAUGCCAAUUUGCUUGGGUUUUUUUUUAAGCAAUGAUGAGAAUCUGAAAAUCUUUAUCUAAUAGUUUUUUUGUGUAGAAAUUGGGAAUGCCUUCUAUCCAAAGGUAAAGAGUUUUUUAAAGCUUUUAAAAGAAGCUAAUACAGUCAGGCACAGAGAUAACAUCAUGUACUAGGAGAAAACUGGAAAUCAUGGGGAUAGAAGAAGAGCUCUCGUACUAGAUUUCUAGUUGGCAUUUUCCCCAACUGAUUAAAAAAUUUGUGCAUUUUAAAUUUUAAAUAAAAUGUGUCAGACACAUUUGUGAGGCAGCGUGGUGGAAUCAGGCUCUCGU